AUGCAAUCAUCAGAUAACAAUGAUAAAUUAAACUCAAUACAAGCGCAAAUUAAUCAAAAAACAAAUGAAUCAUUAGAAUCAACACGUCGUAUAGUUAGUUUAGCUGCCGAAAGUCAAGAUCUCGGUAUUAAUACUAUGAUUAUGCUUGAUGAACAAGAUGAAAAACUCAAUAAAAUUGAAAUUGCCCUUGAUGAUAUUGAUUAUGUAAUGUACAAAGCUGAAAGAAAUUUAAGUAACUUAGAAAAAUGUUGUGGCUUAUGUGUUCUACCAUGGAAACGUGUUUGUCGCUCACAUCGACCACUUACAAAUAGUAGUACAACAGUUAGUAGUGAGAGAUCGUCACCUAUAACUAUCGAACCAAAAUUACGUAUGAUUGGUGAAGAAGGAAUGCAUUCAAAACGUUAUGUAACUCGUAUUACAAAUGAUGACCGUGAAGAAGAAAUGGAUGAUAAUUUACAAUUAGUUGAUGAUUAUAUUGGAACUUUGAAGAACAUAGCACUUGAUAUGGGUGAUACUAUAACAAAACAAACUAAGAAACUUGAUGUUAUUUCAAAGAAAACUGAAGAUGGGAUUACUCGUGUGGAUGCUUCUAAUAAACGAACACAAAAUUUACUUCGGAAAUAA